CCUUAUUUAUAUUAUCAUAAUGUUAUAGAGUAAAAUUCUUAGGGAAUGCAAGGGUUUGUCUUAUUGCAUAGUGUGAUUUAAGUACUCUCUUUCUAUUGACCCCCCUUCUGUUUUUAAUGUUGGUAGUGCUGGCAGUGCCCACAUUGCAGCUGCUGCGGGUUAUUGCUGUCGCGGCUCACGAUGAGGCGGUUGUCAAAGGUAUUGAUAUCAAAUCGGUAUGAAGGAUUACAACAUGGACUAGUAUUGGCAAUUGCAAAGGCAGUAACCGAUUAAGGAGAAUUUGAGAAUGGAGGAGCAGCGAUUCCUUGAAGAAAGUGACGCGUAUCCGUACAAUUGACAGCAGUGUUCAGGAUAUUUCUUAAUGAAUGUAAUGGAGCAGAGGAGCAGAAUCUUCAGAUUCAAAAAUCACAGAAAUGCUGCAGUGUAUGGCUUCAGAAAUAAUGUGAAAAUGAGCCCAUGGUGAAGAAUGGGAAACCCCCAACAUCCCACAGCAUGCAAUCCUUCCUCCACCAGUAUGCCGGCAGUUUCCAAAAGCCACCCCUGCGCCGGCCUCGCAGUGUGGUAGGCAGAAGCCUCAGCUCUUACCUGAACAGAAGCAGCAGACUGGAAAUCGUCCAUGAGGAUUUAAAAAUAGGUUCAGAUGGUGAGAGUGACCAGGCCUCAGCAACUUCCUCUGAUGAAGUCCAGUCUCCUGUCCGUGUUCGCAUGCGCAAUAAUCCAGCACGCAAAAUAUCCACAGAGGAUAUCAAUAAACGUCUGUCCCUACCUGCUGACAUCCGCCUGCCUGAGGGUUACCUAGAGAAGCUCACAAUAAACAGUCCACCAUUUGACAAACCACUGAGUAGAAGGCUGCGAAGGGUCUCAUUGUCAGAAAUUGGAUUUGGCAAGCUGGAGACGUAUGUAAAACUGGACAAGUUGGGUGAGGGAACUUAUGCAACUGUUUAUAAAGGGAAAAGCAAACUGACAGAAAACCUUGUGGCUUUGAAGGAGAUCCGUUUGGAACAUGAAGAGGGAGCCCCAUGCACUGCCAUUCGUGAAGUGUCUCUGCUGAAAGACUUGAAGCAUGCCAACAUCGUCACACUGCAUGACAUCAUACACACAGAGAAGUGUCUCACAUUAGUCUUUGAGUAUUUGGACAAAGACUUGAAGCAGUAUCUUGAUGACUGUGGCAAUGUAAUUAAUAUGCACAAUGUUAAGCUGUUCCUGUUCCAGCUUCUACGGGGACUGGAGUAUUGUCACCGACGAAAGGUGUUGCAUCGGGACCUAAAACCACAGAACCUCUUGAUCAAUGAGAAGGGGGAACUAAAGCUGGCAGACUUUGGUUUAGCAAGAGCCAAGUCCAUCCCUACAAAGACGUAUUCCAAUGAAGUAGUCACACUAUGGUAUCGACCUCCUGACAUCCUCCUGGGAUCUACAGAAUACUCUACUCAGAUUGAUAUGUGGGGUGUCGGCUGUAUAUUUUAUGAAAUGUCGACCGGAAGGCCCUUGUUUCCUGGCUCUACUGUGGAAGAACAGUUGCACUUCAUUUUUAGAAUUCUUGGCACUCCCUCUGAGGAAACAUGGCCUGGAAUAAUGUCAAAUGAGGAGUUUAAAGGCUAUAACUAUCCCAAGUACCGUCCAGAACAUCUCUCAAACCAUGUUUCCAGACUAGAUAAUGAUGGGCUUGAUCUGCUUUCAAAACUUCUACAGUUUGAAGGAAGGAAGAGGAUACCAGCAGCAGAAGCCAUGAAACAUUCGUACUUCCAUAGCUUGGGAGAACGUGUUCUGAAACUUCCAGACACUACAUCAAUAUUUGCACUAAAGGAGAUUCAGUUGCAAAAGGAAGCUGGAUUGAAGUCUAUAUCACUACCUGAGUCAGUUGCACUAAAUGGCAAAACCAGGAGACAAAGCAUGCUGCUAUGAAUGUGGGCCAUCCAUAAAAGUCAGAUUUGAUGACGACAGACUGAGAUGCAGCAGUGCAAACAGAGGUGUAGAUUGUAAAUCUCCAGGCCUGGUUGCGGACUGACAACUACUAAAUUGAGCCCUGCUUACCUGGAGGAAGAUUGUUGAAUCUCUGUGGACCCUUUGUGUGUGGAGUCAGCAUCUUGCCUUGAUCGACUGCAGUCGGUGUUAUGUGCAAUGCAAGUUAUCCCCUGUUUCUGAAUUUGUUUACCCCUCCUGCUGCCACUAGACUACAGUCCCAGCAGAAGGCUCUCUUCCUUCCCCUCUCAUACUCUGCAAGUGUGUGAAGUGUAAUUCUGGCAACACCUUUUAUACAAAGAUUGCACCUUUGUGUUGUCACUGUAAAAUAAAGACUUAAUUUCAUAAAGGAAAGCAAAGCCACUGGACUUGGGGAUCCUUGUCUCUCUUGUACAAAGAACCAUGCUUGCCCUUGCUGGGUUUUACAGCUGGUAUUUUCUAGACUAUUGUGUUUCAGGACAUUUGAGCAGUUAUUUGAAAGAAAAUAUUUUUGUGGUACGAAUGGAUUGCCCCAGACAAACAGCUGAAGAAUGCGCAUUUGGAGUACAGUAUGCAACAUAAGUUUGUAUUAGCAUGUAAAAGGCCAAAUAUUUGGCCUGAGAUAAGGAGCAUUAACAUCUUACUGUGCACUGAUCACAAAGAUAUUCCAACAAGUGUGUAUAACGUCAGAUUGAUUUUUGUCCCCUUAAGUACUGCUAAUUUUUCAGAAACAAAAUUAUUUUUUUUCAGUUUAGUAGCAUAUGAGAGGUGUAUUUGUACCUUUAAAUCGCAUGAGAAUGUGGAGUAUGAAGAUUAUAAAGCAUCCUUAGAGGGCUGUUAGCCAAACGUUUUUGCACCAUACCAGAGAAUUGUAUUCUGUUUAUAAAAAGCUCUCCAGUAUUAGAUGCAAGGAUUAUGUUGUGUUAAAAUAACACAUGCUCCUAUGAACAUAAUUGACCAGCUGUCAUACUUUUAUUUAUUAUAUGCACUCUGAUGUCUUUUUUUUUUUUUUUUUUUUUUUUUUGUUAUGGAGGAAAACUGCCUUUGCGUUGCAGACUGCAUGCAACAAAAUCCUCAGUCUCUUCUUGUGUCUAUGUAGGCUUGUCAGUAGCUGUUUCCAGUACUACUCAAUAAAGUUCUUAAAGUGCUAACAGCCAUCAUGCAGGCAGAUGGAGAAAAUAUGUUGCUGGAUGACCAAGAGAAUGAUUUAGCUGUUAAUAAUUCUUGUGAUUCCCUGCCUGAACUUCGUACAUAUGCUGUGUGCUCAAAUCCACUGAUCAGAACAUCAACAAACACACACAGCAAAUGCUGCUAUUGGACAAACAGUUCAUAAACAAAAACCCAAAGAAGCCAUGCAGGACUGCUAGUGUAUGUAUUAUGAAGGUUUGAAUGAGCCCUGCAGUAUUUGCAGUAAGACUUAAAAUUCCACUGUAUAGAUACUAGCUUCCUAGCCUUCUGCAUCAGUGGAUAUAUACCAUGCAUUUGUGCCCCUUUCCCUAGCAAGUUAGCAGCACAGCUUAGUCAUUUGAUCACUGCCCCCUUUGAUGUACAUUCUGAACAUGGGUUGUUGUUGAUGUGAAGGUGUGGUGCAUUAUCCUUUGGGAUUCAAAGAUAAAUGGAUACAAGUGCUUAAGUAUGAGAUUGAUCACUAUAUCAAAACUUAAGAGAGUCGCAGGUAAAUUUCGUGAGAGUCUCCAGUCAUCAAUAUUCUGAUGUCUUUAAUUUACAGUGCACUGGAAUGUUUUAUUCUAAGUCCUAUAUUCUGUUUUCCUAAAACAUCUAACCUAUUUAAAUUGACUAGAAGCUUUCAAAGUGUACAUUUUUUAAGUUGAAUUAAUGUUUUAAUUUAUUUUAUUCCCAUUUGUUAUUCAGGGUAAAGAGCUGAUCACUCUGGACCACUCUGAGGCCCAGGCCAGAAAAGGACCAUAGACAGAUCAAGAAAAAAUAUACAAAUGAGAAAAGAAAUGUAAUACAGUUCUCUUUUGUUGAUCUCAGUGUGUUGCUUUCCUGUGUACCCCAGAAUAUAGGAGAUGAGCAAAUGUUAUUUUGAACUAGCUCAUUCUUUUUUAAAAAGAAUAAUGAGAUGGGGAUGUUUGUGAUGGUAUAAGAAUAUACCAACACCCAAAUGAUUUUACUGCUUUAGAGGUAUGCCAGUAUAAAGUCAGCCUGUUGACUGGUCAUUGACUAAAACCAUAAUAAAUUUUUGCUCAAUUUA